UAUAUUUCUUGUCAUGUCACUGUGACUCUGCAUCCUGUCAUGUGACUUCCUGAGAUCUGUCGAAUUCAGCCUCAGUGUGGACAGAUGUGAGAUCUGCUCCACCUGCAGUGAAAUGAGGCUCACCAAACGAAUGGAAACUGAUUGGGCUCACUGACGUCUUCAUCUGCAUGAUGCCUCCAGUGAUGUGUGAAGUAGAAAACUUGGGUGCAAAAUGAGGAAAGGAAGUGUAUGGGGCAAAAUGGAGGACAAGAAAAAUGUGAACUUCACGAGGCUCAUGUCAGAUGAAAGCACUCACUCCACCCAGUCCUCUGACUCAUGUGAGUACUAUCAGACAGAGAUAUUUGACCUGCUGCCCAGCGUUCAGGCUUCUCGGCCCGAGCAGAACAGACAUGGCGCUUUGGAUGUCAGUGAGGCCAGUGAGGGUGCUUCAGGGGCCGUGGAGGACUUCAGCCACAGCCUGGUGUCCAGAGGACCCAGGGACAAGACGUCCUUACAGCCGCUCAGAAACCUGGCCAUGUGCAUGCAGGCGAAGAGAGGAGCCAGGGAAAGGAGAAAGAUGCAAGUCAGCAAUAUUGGGUUUUGGGAGUCUUGGAUACGGAGCCAGAGCAUCUACAGGAAAAGGGUUUGGGAUCAGAUGAGAGAGGCAGUAUCCAGCCUCUUGCCAGGGCAACACAUGCUUCAUAAAAUCCAAGGGAAGUUUGGAGUAGGCGUGAAGGCCUAUUUUGUUUUCCUCAGAUAUCUGAUUUAUUUGAACCUGCUACACUGUGUUCUCAUCGGGGGAUUCAUUUUGGGACCCACACUAUAUUACAGCAAGAACCCUUACUUUCCGAGAUUUGAAAAAAACGACUCAGUUUUAGACGUUUUCCUUGGAUCGGGGUUUCUGGAUCGUUCUCCUGUUUUCUUUGGUUUUUACAAACCUGGCUCUCUGGAUUUGCGCUGUUUGAACACACCUCUGUUGUACCUGGCUGGAAUCCUCUCCAUCUUCCUUCUGAGUCUCAUCUUGGUGGUCCGCAGAACAGUUGUUGGCUACAAGCACACCUGGAUGCUCGGGAAGCGGUACAGCAUGAACGUCAGCUUUAAGAUCUUCUGUGGCUGGGAUUUCAACAUUCAGGAUCCAUCAGCCUCUGCCCUCAAGCACAGCUUCAUCCGAAACGACCUCAAGCUGUUCCUGGAGGAACAGAGCUUCUCUUUGCGUAAGGCUCAAAGGACAUUACGACAGAAGGUUCACCUCUAUCUGCUCAGGUGUAUCCUCAACCUGAUUGUUAUUUCUCUGCUUGGAGGAGCGUUUUACCUCAUCUUCUUGUCAACAAUUUCCCUCCAAAAAAAUGAAGAGCAUCACUUGUUGGUCAAGCUGGUUCUUCAGUAUAUUCCUCCGUUCACAAUUACAUUUGUAAACCUUGUCCUCCCUCACAUCUUCCGCAAGAUCUCCUCUUUUGAAGACUACUCCUUGACUGUGCAAGUGAAUACCACGCUUGUGAGGAGCAUUUUAUUGAAAUUGGCUUCCCUGGGGAUCUACUUAGUUUCUGUCUUCAGAUCAGAUCUCAAUCGAACGUCUCAAUGCAGGGAAAACCAGUUUGGCAGAGAGAUGUACAAGCUGUGUAUCUUCAACUUCAUUGCAACUUUCUGCAGCACUUUUCUUUUGAAUUUCCCCAGGAAGCUUUUGCAGGAGAAGUACCCAACAUCUUUGCUGGCUCGGUUGUGUGGGAAACAGCACUUCUUGAUUCCUUUCAAUGUGCUGGAUCUGGUUUAUGUUCAGACCGUGUCCUGGGUGGGAGUUUAUUACUGCCCUCUGCUGCCUCUGAUAGGAACCAUCACACUGGUGUUCACAGUCUAUAUCAAAAAGUUCAGUGUCCUGCGAUGUUGUGUAGCAGAGCAGCGGAUGUUUCGAGCCUCCAACUCCUCUGUUUUAUUUUAUUUCAUGUUGUUACUUGGUCUCUUCAUGGCUGCAGCUGCACUAGUCUUUGACUUCUACAACCCUAAGAUAAUAUUGUCCUGCGGUCCUUUCAUAAAUGGAGAAACUGCAUUUAAUGUAACUCAGUAUUGUGUGACCAGUCUUCCCAACUCAGCCCAGACCGCUCUUCGCUACUUGGCAUCGGAGGCCUUUGCCUUGCCACUUAUAUUAGCUGAGAUCAUCAUCCUAACCUCAUAUGUCUCAAGAGGACGAGCUAACCAGAAAGCCAUUGAGAGACUAAAAGACAUGCUGGUUAUGAGCAGCUCAGAUAAGCGCUUUUUGGUGAAGGAGCACGCCACAUUGCUGAGAAGUCGAAAGAACUUGACCGGAGCAUCUUCUGCAGCCACUGAAGAACACCCCUGAGUUUCUUAAUGGACGUCCCGUGUCAGUCAGCUGCCUUUAGCUUUAAUGUAGAACUUUCAAAUGGCAAAACUCAGCAGCUGGGUUUUGAAUGAAAAACUUUGUCAUCCAUCCAUCCAUCCAUCCAUCCAUCUAUCCUCUUUACCCACAUUUUCCUUUUUGGGACCCGGGGCAGCUGGUGCCUCAGCAGUCACUGUGUGAGCGGACCGGUUGCGUGUCCAUCACAUGGCCACAGAGACAACCAUUCACACUCAAACCUAGAAACAAUUUAGAGCACGUGGAGUAAUUUUUUAAACUUUUAAAUAUAUUUCUUUAGUAUUUAUUUCACAUUUAGUCAGUUGUACAUGUAGUAAUUAUGAGAUGAUGUGUUAAAACACUGUUUCUGUGCACGAAAUACCGUGUAGAGCUCAGCUAUUGUUUGUUAGUGGGGCUCAGCUGUAGCAUGAGGAAUAUGGUGUUUUGUAUUUAGUCGAAGUUGAACACGAAACGUUGAAGUUAAUUACAGCUGGCUCUUUGAGUGCAACCAUGAUGCUCAUUUGGUGAAAAUGAGUUUGACAUUUGACCCUGAUUGUAUCAGUUAACCUAACAUGCAUGUUUUUGGUCUGUGCGAGAAAACUGGGGUGCCUGAAGAAAACCCACACCUGCACGGAAAGAAUAUGCAUACUCUACACAAAACAGCCCCAGGCUAGAGGAGAAUCUGUGACCCUCUUGAUGUGAUGCAACAGCACUAACCACUGCACCACCACGACUUUCCCUUCAUCAUCAGAAAAAAAGGAAAUAAAGCUGUAAAGGUUUUCUGCAAAAAUCUCACCAGUAUUAAUUUACCU